AUGCUGUCGAACAUUCACAGUUAUCUUCAGCAAGUGAAAUCCACUCACGACGACGAUUCGAUCGAUAGGUUGAACUAUGUAACAACGAUUUAUAUGCUGCUUGGAUUCGCUCUCACUUUAUUCGCGAAGAAUUAUGUUGGUGAACCCAUGCAGUGCUGGGUACCUAAUCAGUGGACGGGUGUAUGGGAGGCUUUCGCAGAAUCGUACUGCUUUGUUGAAAAUACAUACUUUGUACCGAUGAAUCAAAGUAAUUUGCCGGCGGCACACACAAGAGAAGGAAGAGAAAUGAUCUACUAUCAGUGGGUUCCCUUCAUUCUUUCUCUGAUGGCUUUCUGCUUCUACAUCCCACGUGGAAUUUGGAAAAUCUUCUCGCCAUACAGUGGCCUUGCUCUGGCCGAUUUGAUGACUGCGGCUCGGAAAUCUGCGAAGACUGGAGAUGAGGACAAACUGAUCCCGUGCAUGGCGACCACUCUUCGUAAAGCACCCAAAUCAACAGUUCUUAAAUACGGAUCAAGCCUUUUCAAUCUUUAUAUCGUCAUGAAGGUGCUCAUCUUCGCUAAUUUGCUACUCCAAUUCUUCUUCUUGAACCAUUUUCUUGGCACGGAAUACACAUUUUGGGGAGCUGGCAUCCUCAAUGACAUGUUCAGAGGAAGACAAUGGCAACAAAGUGGACAUUUUCCAAGGGUUGCUUUCUGCGAUCUUACGGUAAGAGAGAUGGGUAACAUAAACAAUUGGACAGUUCAAUGUGUGCUUAUGGUAAACAUGUUUAAUGAGAAGAUAUUCAUCUUCCUGUGGUUUUGGUUUGCAAUGCUCCUCGUCUGCACGGUUUUCAACCUCUUCUCCUGGAUUCGCCAGCGAUACAGCAAAGCAGCUCGAAAGAUGUUCCUCUACAACGUUCUGACCGACAGUGGUCUCGAUACUACGGAAGCGGACAGAAAUGACUUCUAUAACGAUGUCGUCAAGGACGACGGUGUUCUGGUUCUCCUCCUCCUCGACGCAAAUGGUGGCCGACUUCAAUCUGGCGAACUUGCGCAUCAAUUAUGGACGUCGAAAUUCCCACCAACAGAUAACAAAACGAUCUCAAUGGCUACUGAUGAUGGGGAGAAUCUCAACGAACAAAUUUGGAGCGAAAAUUAUCCAAAUGCGCCUACUGCCAGCGAGUGA